AUGAAUAGUGAUGGUAUUAAAGGUGACUGUUUGAGUAGUGUCUGUAUGAAUUGUGAUGGUAUUAGAGGUGACUGUUUGAGAAGUGUCUGUAUGAAUAGUGAUGGUAUUAGAGGUGACUGUUUGAGUAGUGUCUGUAUGAAUAGUGAUGGUAUUAGAGGUGACUGUUUGAGCAGUGUCUGUAUGAAUAGUGAUGGUAUUAGAGGUGACUGUUUGAUCAGUGUCUGUAUGAAUAGUGAUGGUAUUAGAGGUGACUGUUUGGUCAGUGUCUGUAUUAAUAGUGAUGGUAUUAGAGGUGACUGUUUGAUCAGUGUCUGUAUGAAUAGUGAUGGUAUUAGAGGUGACUGUUUGAGCAGUGACUGUAUGAAUUGUGACUGUUUGAGCAGUGUCUGUAUGAAUAGUGAUGGUAUUAGAGGUGACUGUUUGAUCAGUGUUUGUAUGAAUAGUGAUGGUAUUAGAGGUGACUGUUUGAUCAGUGUCUGUAUUAAUAGUGAUGGUAUUAGAGGUGACUGUUUGAUCAGUGUCUGUAUGAAAGGUGACUGUUUGAGCAGUGACUGUAUGAAUUGUGACUGUUUGAGCAGUGUCUGUAUGAAUUGUGAUGGUAUUAGAGGUGACUGUUUGUGCAGUGUCUGUAUGAAUAGUGAUGGUAUUAGAGGUGACUGUUUGAGCAGUGACUGUAUGAAUUGUGACUGUUUGAGCAGUGAUGGUAUUAGAGGUGACUGUUUGAGCAGUGACUGUAUGAAUUGUGACUGU